AUGGUGGGACAGAAGCUGCUGGAGCUCGCCUCCGCGAGGGGACCCCUGCAGCUCCCGAGGCAGUGGGAAGACCCGCCGGGGGACAGCGGUACGUUCUUCAUCACGGAGGGCUACCCGUCGGACAGCCGUACAAACCCAGGCGGUACCAAGUCGGGUCCCGAGCCCACGGAGGUCCAGGCGGGCGCCUACGUCACCACGACGUACUUCCGCCGGUGCGCUUGCUGCCAGAAGACCUACACCUUCAACACGGCCAAGAACCUGUCUUCCGCGAGCUGCCAGGCCGCAGGUCACCCGUUCUGGACGGUCAGCAUGUUCAAGCUCGGAUAUGCGCGGAUUCCAAGUGCUGCUGGUGGCGGCGGCGGCGCGGUGUCCGAGUACGACAAGAAGCCCUUCCGUGCAUCCGGCGGGAAGCCCAGCCUGGAGUUGUACCUGCCCAAGAACCCGCCGUACGUUGGCUGGCUUGUGAAGCCUCAGCGCACGGGGGAUGAGCCGGCGUCCGCCGCGGCGGCCCAGGGGGCCCCCCGUGACACGGCGGCGCCAGCGGUGACGGCAGCGCACCAUAAUCCGUCAGGUUCAGCGGCGGCGGCGGCGGCGGCGGCGGGCGGCUCUUUGCUGCCGCCAUCACAGUCCCCGACUCGAGGCAGGCGCUCGAAGGCGGCGGCGGUGGCGGCGGCGGUGGCACCAACGGCGGUGGCGGCGGCGAUGGCUUGUUCAGGGGACCUGUUGUCCUUGCCACGUGUGGGCAGCGGCAGCGCUGGUGGAGAUGCCGGCGGGCGGGGUCCGUUGGGGCCGUACACGGCGGCGCUGUUAGGAGGCCACGAAGCGGAGUUUGGCCGCCAGGGCAGCGGCAACGCUGGGUGCCGUACAUCAGCUUGUUGCCGACGGCGAGCCGGUGCCUACCCGUGGGGUCAAGACCCCCCGGGGGCGCCCGCCGGCCUGGCUCUGGGACCGGGAGCGGCUGUGGGAAUUCUGUGCCGCAAGCCGCCGCUGCCGCCGCCGCCGCCACUUCCACCUCCGGCGGCGGCGGCGGCGGCAGCGGCGGCGUCCGCCAUCCCGCCAACCGACCCCAACUUCCCGGUAGCGGAGGAGGUGGCAGUGCAGAUGAUGCAGGCGGCCAUAGGCCGUGUAGGUAUCCCACUUUGGCGGCGGCUGCUGGAGGCCCAAGACGACAUUUGCAAGGCAACACCGCUUCACAGAGUUUGCCGCUAUGGGUUCCGCGAUCAAUUGGUGGAGCUGGUAUUUAAACAUGCCACACGGCGUGCGUUACUGCUGCAGUCGCAGCACUCGUACUUGCCGUACCACUCGGCCUUUAGAUCUGGAAACUUCGACGCGGGGAUCACCCACCUGGAGGCGCUGAUUCGGCUGACGGGAGAGCUGGCGGAGGACAUGUCGACGGCGAGAGAGUACGACGACGAGUACGACGACGUGUACGACAAUGAUGGCGUCGCCAGUGCUGAUUUGAGGGAUGGUGACGCGGUAGUGCCGCCGCCGCCGCACCACCAGCUGCCGCCGCCGCCGCCCCCACCGCAUCAGCAGCUGCUGCUGCCGCAUGCACGGCGACAGCAGCUGCUAGUGCAGCGGCGGCAGCAGCAGCAGCACGAGAUGUUGUCGGUGUUGGUCUACUCGCUCCGAAACAAGUACUUCCAGGGCCGCUCUGUGGACGGGUCUCCGGUCGAGGGGGUGGAGCCGCCUUUCGGACACGACCUGCUGCUGGCCGCGUGCCGCGAGCUAGGUCUGCCCCAGCCGGCGAUCCUUACCAAGGAGGAGUGGAAGCUGGUCAACCACGCCCGGGAAGUGGAGAGGCUAGCGGAGAGGGCCAGGAGGCUGGAUGAAAGGGACACAGCUUUUGUGUUUUUCCUCUCUUCCUGCCCCUGCCCCAUCCCUAAGCUGCCGGUCAGCGGGCAAUGA